AUGUUAGCUUUUAUUCACUACUUGAAUGUUAUGACUGAAGUUCACCCUGAAUGCCUUGCUGAACUCAAUUUUUAUUUAUCAUUUGUUGUUAAAAUGGGAAUUCAAUUUCCUCCUCCUUUAUUUUAUCAACAUCACAAAAAUUUUAGUCAUAAAGCGGCUGCUAUUCUUUCAACUCAAGAUCGAAAGAUUAAUUUGAGUAUUCGAGAUGACGAUCUUUAUUUUCAAAUUUUUGCUGGUCGUCGUGCUGGUACCUACGAUAAGCGCUCAUCUGUCGAUCAUUCAACUAAUUUUUGUUCAUCUAUUUUUCACGGGGACAUUAAAAACGAUGUUACUGCUAUGUCAAUGAACGAUUCACGUUCCCAAGUUAUUAUUUUGAAACCAUAUGCUCCAAUCAACAUUGAUCAUUUAGAAAAUGAAUUGCAGUUUCAUAUAAACCACUCAUUCGUUGAGUAUUUACUUUCUGAUCUCUGUACAGGUUUUGAUACAGGAAUUCAAGAGUUGCCUAAUGGUGCUUUUCAAGGACAAAAUAUGCGCUCUGGACGAAAAUUUCCUGUUGUUGUUGUUACCAAGCUUAUACAGGAGGAAGUAGAUAAUGGAUUCUUAUUUGAACCAUUCAAUUCAUCACCUUUUCCAAUAUUUCUAUUAUCACUAUUAGAACUAUAG